CAAGUAAAAAUCAAAGAAGAAAAAGAGGAGGUGGAGGAACAGUCAACAGAAUCAGAAAGCCUUCCGCUUCCUGGUGUCAAAGAAGACGAAAACACGCUGAAAACUGAGAAAAUAGAAGAAAAAGAAAUUAUUAAAUUGCCAGUAAUAGUAAAAUUAGAGAAACCUUCAGAAUACAAUGAAGAAAAGCAAGCUGUCAAAGAAGAAAGUGACUCUUUCAAAGAAAACGUCAAGCCUGUUAAAGUAGAGGCGAAGGAAAACAAAAUAGAGCCAAAAGACUUGAAAGAAGUAAAAAGUUGUACAGACAAAAUAGCAGUUCAUGAGCCAGAGAGGUUAGAGUUUUGUGUUAAUGUCAAAACUCCCCAGGAAAUUGUGGAGAAAUCUGUGGAGGAAAGCGAGAAACUGAAAAACGACCAGCAGGCCAAAAUCCCGCUUAAAAAGCGCGAGAUCAAGCUGACGGACGACUACGACAGCCCCAUCAAGGGGCCGCUGUGUAAAUGUGUUACUCCCACAAAGGAGGUCUUGAAGGAAGAAGGGAAACCAGAAGAAGAAGCUUUUAAGAGGGUCCCUACAAUUACUGCUUUGUGUCCUGAUGGGAAAGUGCUGGUCAACGGAGAGGUGAGCUGCGAAAAAAUAACCGCGAGCAUCAUACCAAACAACAAGUCGGAGCACUCCAACAGCGCGAAGGAAGACGGGAGCUCGUUAAAAGAGAAAAAUGGCAAAAGCGGGGAAAAGGUGUCAGACUCCCUCGGUUCUGUGAGUAAAAUUAUCAAAACGUGCGAGGCCGAGAAAAACGCAGCGACUGUGGGGAGAGAAACGGCGGCUGCGGCCUCCGGGGCUGCAGCCUCGGAGGUUUCUGAUCAGAAAGUGCCUUUAAAGGAGGAAUCUAGUCCUGGGGAGAAAGAGCCCCUCGACAGCACAACUACUGAAAGGGGAGCGGAAGAGUCUUCCGGCUCUGAAGACUGUGCCAAACCAACCGAAGGGAACCCCGCCACUAAAGUCGCAAAGGACCCAACGUCGCCGCCCAAAGAAUGUUCAGAGAAGCUGGAGAAGUCCCCAAGUGCAUCUGCUCCUGCAGAACCACCCAAGCUUGUGCCGUCCGGUGAAGAGACUUUGAAAAGUCAAGGUGAGUCGGAGGAGACGCCUGAUUCUCCAAAAGCUGCUGAGGUGCCCCCUGCACCUACUUCUCCCGUCACUUCGGAGAAACCUCCUUUGCAAGAGGAGGGCUCUGGCAGUCAAGUGGCUCCGCCCGAGGAGAGCAAAGCAGAAUCAAAACCCAGCCCUGAGAAACAAGAGGAGGAGGCAGAAGGUGCCAAGACAGAGCCAGAUGGAUUAGAUGAUGCUCCUGCUUCUCAGCUGGAGGACUCCUCGGAGAGUAAAAAAGAAUCUCCAGCUUCGAAAAGCAAAUUUAAGUAUAAGCUAGUUUCUGAAGAAGAAAGCUGCGCAACAGACAAUAAAGAAAUCACUUCUGAAAGACAGAAAGAAGGGAUUAAAUUAACAAUCAGGAUCUCCAGUCGGAAGAGAAAGACGGAAACGCCGCCGGAAGAGGUGGGUGUGGGCCGCACGUUACGGCGGUCGCCCAGAAUCUCCAAGCCCACUCCAAAGGUUGUGGAGACUCGGGAUCAGAAACCCGACAGAAAACGGCCUGAAGAGGAGGAGGAGAAACCAGCGGCGGCCCAAAAACCGGAGCGAAAAGAAGAUGCAAAGAAACCAGAGAAGGAGUCGAAUUCUAAGGUUAACAAGAGAAGCAAAGUUCGGUGGACGGGGACGCGGACGCGGGGCCGGUGGAAAUACUCGAGUAACGAAGAGAGCGACGCCUCGGAGAGUGAAAAAAACUCAGAGGAGGAGGAGGAAGAGGAAGAAGAGGAGGAAGAGGAAGCUGCGCCCGCUGACGACGAUGAGCCGUGCAAGAAGUGUGGCCUUCCCAACCACCCGGAGCUGAUUUUGCUGUGCGACUCUUGCGACAGCGGGUACCACACCGCCUGCCUUCGCCCUCCGCUCAUGAUCAUCCCCGACGGAGAGUGGUUCUGCCCGCCCUGCCAGCACAAAUUACUCUGCGAGAAGCUGGAAGAGCAACUACAAGAUCUGGAUGUCGUCUUAAAAAAGAAGGAGCGUGCGGAGCGCAG